AUGGCUUAUCCUCUCUCCACAAGCUCCCGUUGGAUCGUCAACGAGAACGGUCAACGAGUGAAGCUAACGUGUGCGAACUGGCCAUCCCACCUACAGCCCGUGGUGGCGGAAGGGCUGAGCAAGCAACCGGUGGACGCAGUGGCCAAGAAGAUAGUGGAAAUGGGUUUCAAUUGUGUUAGGUUAACUUGGCCGUUGGAUUUGAUGACUAAUGAGACAUUGGCCAAUAAUGUCACAGUGAGACAAUCUUUUCAAAGCUUUGGUCUUAAAGAUGACAUUGUUGGCUUCCAAACUAACAACCCCUCCAUUAUUGAUCUCUCCCUCAUCGAAGCUUUCAAGGUACUCUUAUAA